AUGUCCGUCCCACUCCCAUCCCCUUCAGCGCUCCAAUCGCCCACCUCGGCCAAAGCUAUCCCUCGUGGUCGACCUACGCCGACAAGUCUCGGGGCGGGGAACGAGUCCCACUCGCCAGCUUCGCCAGGUCAAUCACCUGCCCAAGGUGGUCAGCUGAGGGGUUCGGGGAGCAGAGAGCGGCGAGGAUCCCGGUCGGGGACAAGGCCGGGCUCGGCGGCGCUAGGUCAGAGUCCUGGGGAUGGGGUCAAUUGGAGAGAGAGGACCAUGGGCGGAGGCCAAGGUCAGAAGAGUAAGGGGCCUGAACGGACAGUAGGGGGGUUCGGCAAGAAGGAGGUGCCUAGUCCGACGGCUGCGAGUGGGGGCGGAGCCAGCGCGAUUCCAGGGAGUGCUGCGGCAGCUACAGAGUCGGCAGCGAAGAAGGCGCUGAGUGCGGAGAAGACUGCUGCGCUUGCCCAUGUGCCGUGUAGAUUCUACAAGUCUGGGACGUGUACCGCUGGGGACAGCUGUCCGUUCUCGCACGAAGGAGGUGGGAAGAAGGAGGUGUGCCAGUGGUUCUUGAAAGGAAACUGCAAGUUCGGUCACAAGUGCGCGCUCGCCCAUCUCAGACCUGGAGAGCCAAUAUCGAUGGACCGUAAGAACAAGCGCGCGGCGCAGAUGGAUGCAAAGGCGGACCCCAAGCUAGAAUCCAAAGACGAGAAACCGGCUCCUGGCCCGGCGCCUGAAGAAACACCCGCUGCUCCGGUGCCAAUCCGCUCGGCUGCCUCGACUCAUCAAACCCCUCCCACCACAAUGCAGAGCCGAGGGACCGGCUCAUCGCCUAUGCGGGAGCCAUACGGACCGCCAUCAGCCAUGGGCGCCGGUUCGCCAUCUGGCGGCUUCAUGGGUCGCAGUCCCGGCGCAUUCGGAGCGAGUCCCAACCGCCCAUCCCCACUAUCCGCGUCCUUCUCGGCUCGUCUGACCGUUCCUGGGUCAUUCGCGCUCAAGGGGUCGCCCACUACCGCGGUUCAGCCAUUACGCCAACCCGCAACCGCCGGUCCCACAUCCGGCUUCUCAGCCUCCCUCUCCCACUCCCCACUCACAUCCGAGUACGCCAAGCCCCCUCUGUCCGCCUCGCUCGCCGACUCGUCCUACCUCCGCCGCUCAAUCUGGGCACACUCUGAAAAGGCGGACGAGGUCCUCUCGCCCCGUCGACCUAUCGCGCCAGCAUCGGUCUCGCGGGCCCAGGCGGACGUAUUCGACAAUGAUGAUGAUGACGACCAUGGCGAAGAUCUCAUCCCCUCUUCCCUGUCAGAUCUGCUUACGCCCAUGGAGCGCGCACGGCGGAAGAGCAGGCGCGAUAGUAAUGACUACUUUGGCGCCAGUCCCGCGCGGUCCGGAUCGCAAGUCUCGCCCAAUCCCAGAUGGCUCGGGGAACGCCUGGCCCAGUCUGCCAACGCCACCAUGGGCCCGCCCAACUUCCUGCAGGGUCUGUGGUCGCCCACUGGCUCGGAUGCCCGGCAGGGAUCUACCGGAUCGGGCAGUACAGCAGGGGGCGACUUCACUUUCGGACCCGCUACCGCUGCUCCUACCCCUAAACACUCGCUUCUAUCGCAACAGCGCUCCCCUGUCUCUUCACUUCGUGCAUCCUCCUGCUCCUCCAGCAGCACCAACUCUCGUCCCGCCGUCUCGGCACGAGGAAUGGCCGGGGGUGCCGAUGUCGACCUCACAACGCACCUCGUCCCUCCUCAAUUCCCGCGCGUGGCGAAUCCCUCGAGUCCCAGCGCGAGGGCAUUAUCGGAGCAUGCGCCGGGCAUGAGUCUGCCCGGUGGCGUGGCGGCUGGUAUGAGCCGGCUACACCUGCAGGAUGAAGCGGAGAUGACGAGGAGUUCGCAUAGAGGUGGAUCGGGACAUCGGCGGGAGGAGGAGAAGAGGGAGGAGGUGGAUAAGGGGGAAGAUAGGGAGGAGGUUAUGUUUGCGAUGGAUGGAUGA